AUGGAACUGCCACCCUUUGACAUGUGGAAAGACUACUUCAACCUGAAUCAAGUGAUCCUGGCUUUGAUUCAGGACAGCAGUCAAAGGCUAGAGGUCAAGAAGACUGAGGAAUCCACCCCAAGACCCCAGCAGAAGUGGGAUCAGGGGCUGGGUGUCUCUGGGGCCCUGGAUGCCCUGUGCAACUUCUGCAAACAUAAUGGAGAGUCUCGUAAUGUCUAUGCCUCACACCAGCUGAAGACACCGGACGGUGUGGUGGUGUGUCCCAUCCUGAGGCACUAUGUGUGUCCCCUCUGCGGGGCCACUGGGGACCAGGCUCACACACUCAAGUACUGUCCACUCAACGGCAGCCAGCAAUCUCUCUAUCGUCGCAGUGGACGCAACUCGGCUGGCCGCAAAGUCAAGCGCUAA